CUUACUUACUAUCGACGAUCGGAGUUUGAGUUGGUUACUUAUCUACAAUGUCAACAGCGUCCGGCGCCAUUUUAGCUGUGCAACGACGGAGCCGCCCUCUUUGCCGUCUCAUACGAAGUCCAGGCAGACAGACGGAGCUUCCAGUUCAUUGACUCUACGGGCUAAUGGACACCGCAACAGUCCGCCACUUUCUUCCACAUCCUCUCACUCCCGAUCGCCAUAACCGUCGCCUCCUCCUCUACCGCCUCUCCUCGCCGAAGCCCCAACGACUCUUCACUACGCUCUCCUGCUUUAAUGCCCGCCGUCGAACUCGCUGGAAAAAUAAGCUUCAAACGAUCAACAUCACCCGCACUCCUAGAGUUCCCUCCUCCUCCUUCUCCUCAGAACGGAACUUCCAAAUCGCGAUUGACAUCGACAAAGUCACUGCUGAAGUCUCUUUUUUCUUCUACUACAUCUACUGCCUUUCCCGUUCCAAAGUUCGCCGGUUUAUAUCGUCGGGAUCGGACGCUUUUGACGACUUGCGGACAUUGGUUGCCUUCGAUUAUCAGAAUCGCAUACUGACCAUCUCGUGUCGGCAUUCCACUGCGAAAUUCGUUGGUCAGUUGGUGCUAUUGAGCAUCUUUGGGCACUUUGUAGUUAAGGGCUUGAUUGGGAUCGGAUCUAGUUUUUUCAACAAAUUUAGUUCUGGACAUACUUCUCCUGUGGUGAGAAGGGACCGGAGCCUCGGUGGAAAAGAGGUGGCUGUUGGUACUGGGAGUAGUGUUGUAGCGCGAGAUAAAGCUACGGCUUCAUUGAAUCUGACGGAUGUUUCAGAUGAAGUAUCGAAGAAUGGGGUUCGGGUUGGAGAAAGGUUGCCAAAAUGGUGGCCUCCAGCAGUUCCCAGACAGAUUACCACGGCGAAUAGGCAGGAAUAUCAGGAUGAUGCCAACAGAUUAGUCCGAGCCCUCGUGGAUAAUAGAAUGAGUGGGCGAGAUUUCAUGGAGGAUGAUAUUGUUCAAUUGCGUCAAAUAUGUAGGACAUCUGGAGUAAAAGUUUCCUUCAACACCGAAAAUAUGCGUGAUUCAUUCUAUCGAGCAUCAGUGGACUUUGUUUUAAAUAUCUAUAGCAGGACUCCAGUUUUCCCGAACUCAGUUCUCAUUAAUGGCGAGGAUGGUCCAAAUUUUGUUGCUGGGCUUGCUGAGGAUAUUGGCAUUGAGAAUAUUCGUGCUGCCAGGAUAGUUUCUGCUGCUGUUGCUGCAAGAAUGCGUUCAUGCUUUUUACAGGCCUGGGCUCUAGUGAUGCAAGACAGACAAUCUGAAGCAAAUGCAGAGUUGUUGAAGAUCUGUUACAUCAUCCAGAUAUUUCCUCCUGAGGAAUCCUCGCCUGAGAUGGAGAUGUUGACUCUAGGCUUGAAGAAGCACUUGAAGGUAGAACAGAGAGAAACGUUAAUGAAUAUGUUUAUUGGCGUUUGUGGUAAAGAUAGUCAUAAGACUGCUGCGGAAGCUCUUGGUUUGGUAUGUUCUAAAUCCCCUUUUCUCUCUCUAAUUUAAAGGUCUAUUGUUGCUUGUAGAGGUGUCUUUCAUACUCACUUCAAAAAACUUUGUUAGAGGAAGAUCUACCUUGGUCUUUUGAUGCAUGAGCAUAGGUAUACAAAUGGCUCAUUAAUUUCUUUGGGUGCAAAUGAUUCAUUUUAAAACAUUUAUUGAUUCUCAUGCAAGUAUAAACACGAUGUUUCUGAUUUGAUCUUUCAUGAAAUUUUGAAUUUGGGGAGAACUUAGUCCGUCAUUUCUUCCAUCCAUACUUUCUCAUGACAGUUUGUUUCGUCUUCCUUUUUUAUCUCAUGGUUUCUGGACGGGUUUUAUUUUCUUCAUGUAAAUUCUGCUUAGAGGAGAAUUAAUCCAUCAUUUAUUCAAUUGAAUUGACUGGAGCUAAACCUCUUAAAAAUUUCUUCCUCUUUUUUUUUUUUUAGUUCAACAUGUAUGGAUUCAGAAUGAGAGAUGAAAAUUUGGUAGGUACAGAAUGUGGAAUAGAAGGAAGAGGUUCAGAACUAAAUAAGGAACAUCUAAUCUAGAAGGAGACUCCUUUUUACAAUUCGGAAAAAUUAAUCCAAAAGAUUCAACAUAAGAUUCAAGUCUAUGCUGAUUGUAGUUCCCAAAAGUCCAUGCGGAAAAAUUAAUCCAAAAGUUUCACAAUUUCUAUGACCGUACGAGUAGUUUCCAUGCUGAUUGUAGAUUAACCUUUUAG